AAGAGGUGGUAUUCUAAAAGUUUACUCGUGUUAAUUUCUAGUUUGCUAUUAUGCACGCCUGUGUUCGUAGUAGUUGAAUUAAAAUGAGUUAAAAGAGUUUGGGUUUUCUGGAAACUCUUUUAGCAACUAAAUUCUAAACAAUAAAAGACCAAAUAGAUCUCUUUUAUACACUGACAAAGUUUGUCUGUACGUUUGUUGUCUUCAGCUGCAAUGAACCAUGAAGAGGUAAGCUGUUCACGUCCUAUUCGAGGGGAAGGAAUGGGAGUGGAAGAUGGACGAAUCCCAAACUCUAGUCUUACCUCCUCGUCCAGUUUUGAUCAUCGUUACACUGCAUCAGAUGGAAGAUUGAACGGCGGAGCGUCACACGAGGAAAAUGUAGCAUGGCUUGCCAAGGAUGAUGACAUAGAUAAAUGGGUCAAGAUAGAUCUUGGAAAGACCUCUACCGUCACAGGUGUUAUCGUACAAGGCAGAUGGGGGUGGGAACAAUGGAUUACUUCUGUCAAGGUAUCCUAUUCGCUGGAUGACGUGGCGUGGACUUACGCUUUGGAACCACAAUGUGGUGAACAAAAAGUCUACCCAGCAAACUACGAUAACACCACUCCCGAGAUCAUACUGUUCCCUCGACCAGUCACUGCUCGAUACGUCAGAAUACACCCACUCACGUGGCAGGAGCACCAGGGCAUGAGAUAUGAAGUUCUUGGCAUAGCUGAAUUAACGGAAGUUUUACAGCAUGAAGACUUCUACUAAAUUGUAAUGGUGUUAUUUUUUUAAUUAUGUUGUUAUGAUUAAUAUUAUCUUUAUCAG